UGUUUAGCACUUUGAAGCUUGCAUGACAUUGGACUUUUGCGGUGUCUGGUUCGGCUGUCCACGAAAUUACUAAGUUUUCGGUUUUCUUUGACAAUAAAUAAAACACAAAGCAAUAUUACAUAUUAGUCUAUAUUGCUCUGUGGAGUAAGAUACAGGAAGGAUGGGUCAAAACCAAUCUGGAGCAGGAGGGGGAGGAGCUGGAGGUGACAAGAAAGAAGACAAAGAUAGGAAGAAGAAGUAUGAGCCUCCAAUCCCCACUCGUGUAGGAAAGAAAAGGAAGAAGGUCAAGGGACCAGAAGCCGCAACCAAGCUUCCUCAAGUAACUCCACACACAAGAUGUCGUCUAAAGUUGCUCAAGAUGGAGAGGAUAAAGGAUUAUUUGUUGAUGGAGGAAGAGUUUAUCCGUAAUCAGGAAAGGCUCAAACCCCAAGAGGAACGUAAUGAAGAAGAAAGGUCUAAAGUUGAUGAUCUGAGAGGCACACCUAUGUCAGUGGGUACUCUGGAAGAGAUCAUCGACGAUACCCAUGCUAUCGUUUCUACUUCGGUUGGUAGCGAACAUUACGUUAGCAUUCUCUCUUUUGUGGACAAAGACCAGUUGGAGCCUGGAUGUUCAGUGUUGCUGAAUCACAAGGUCCAUGCUAUUGUCGGCGUUCUCAGUGACGAUACUGACCCAAUGGUUACCGUCAUGAAGCUUGAGAAAGCCCCACAAGAAACCUACGCUGACAUUGGUGGUCUUGACACCCAGAUCCAGGAAAUCAAGGAGUCUGUUGAACUACCACUCACUCACCCCGAAUACUACGAAGAAAUGGGUAUCAAGCCUCCCAAGGGUGUCAUUCUUUACGGAGCUCCGGGUACAGGCAAGACGCUAUUGGCUAAAGCCGUUGCCAACCAAACCUCAGCCACCUUCUUACGUGUCGUCGGAUCGGAAUUAAUUCAGAAAUACCUUGGUGAUGGUCCCAAAUUGGUUCGAGAACUUUUUCGAGUUGCCGAAGAACACUCUCCAUCGAUCGUCUUCAUCGACGAAAUCGACGCCAUUGGUACCAAGCGUUACGAUUCAAAUUCCGGAGGUGAACGUGAAAUUCAACGUACCAUGUUGGAGCUUUUGAACCAGUUGGACGGAUUCGAUUCUAGGGGUGACGUCAAGGUUGUCAUGGCUACCAAUCGUAUUGAGACUUUGGAUCCUGCUCUUAUUCGUCCCGGUCGUAUCGACAGAAAAAUUGAAUUUCCUCUACCCGAUGAGAAGACCAAGAGACGUAUCUUCCAGAUUCACACUGGUCGCAUGACGUUAGCCGAAGAUGUCAACUUGGAGGAUUUGAUCAUGUCUAAAGACGACCUUUCCGGAGCUGAUAUCAAAGCCAUUUGCACCGAAGCUGGGUUGAUGGCAUUGAGGGAGCGGAGAAUGAAGGUAACUAAUGAGGAUUUUAAGAAAUCCAAAGAGAACGUUCUUUACCGCAAGAAAGAAGGAACACCAGAAGGGCUUUACCUCUAAUUGUGAUUGGAGUUUGUACGGUAAAAGUACCAUUGAAUUACUGGAAUACAUACAAGAUUUGAGCGUUUUCAAAAUUA